AUGCCCCCAGAUGGCAAUCAGACAUCGGCACAAAUUAUAUCAGAAAUUCGGAAACGUCAAACGGUUUGCAUUUGUACUGGAAAUAUACAGAGACACCAGGAGUUGUUUCGACGAAUGUUCAAAAAUUCAGCGGAGGAGUUGCUCGCCGCGAUCACCUAUCAACUUGAUGGACCGAAUGGACCGGAACUGGAAAUGAUGUAUGACUUUUGCUAA